GUCCCCGCCAGCGCCAUGAGGGACCCGAGCGCCGGUCAGCGCCGCGGCAAACCGCAGAGCCAGGCCUGCUGGCAAGAGCGCGUCCGGAGGGAGACCGCAGCCCGGGUCGCCUGGACCGUCACCCACGGCCACGAGUACCCGAAGGAGGGGCCCGUGCCCAGGAAGCGGCUGCAGCGGGCCCCACUCCGGCCAGCCCCCAGCUCCCCUGAGACCGAGGAAGGCAGAGCCUGGGAGGCCCAAAGAGCCGCGCGGGGCCCGGCGGCCCAGACCAAGCCGGAGGGCCUGGAGAUGAGGCGGGCGCCCCCCGGCACCCUGAAGCUGCUUUUCCAGGGCAUCUCCCACGACGGCCAAGGCCGGGCCUUGUACCUCCGGGAGCGGCACCGGCAGAAGCCGGAGGAGAAGUUUCUGUACCCAGUCCUGUCAUCCUGGGAGUACGGCUGGAACAUCGGGGACGUCAUGAAGGAUGCCAGGGCUCCCACGUAUGCCAGGUGCCAGCCCAUCAUGAAGGUCUUUUACAUCAAAAGUAGCGUCUUUCACUUUCCACGGCGAACAGACCAGCUAAUCUGAGCUCAUGGGGGUUCGGGAGCGGCUCCUGCCUUUUCCUACAGCCUGUCAGGACCCUGCUGAGCAGAGAUGCCCCCUACUCCAGCCAACCCCUCAUCCGUUCUGUCCAGCCCUGUCUCCUCUGCUGAGCAAGGUGGGGAUGUGAGUGUUUUUCUGUACCUCUGGGAUUCAGGGUGGCCUACCUGCUGCCUCUUGGAUGUCCUCAGGGACCUCAGCUCCCUUGCAGAGCUCGGGCCCCACCAUCAAGAGGUGGGGUGCUAGGUACUCUCCCGGGGGAAACAGCGGAGUCUCCACGUGCUCCAGCAGCAGAGUUAGGUGGGGAGGGGCUUGCUAGGAUCUUCCGGAGCUGCGUACAGGAGGGAAUAUCUCCAUCUUUACUCUCUCUGGCCCCAGUGUAUCCCACAGUUUAAGAAAAGUAGUUUCCAUGGUUACUUGCUGUUUCUCUCACUGGCCCCCUGCCUGCCUGGGUCAGGCUUGCCUCAGUGUUAUAACAAACAGCCGCUGCAUCCCACUUGCUUUAACCAAUAAAGGUGUAUUUCUCACUGCACAGUGCACUCUGAUGUUCAGUGGGCCACCUGCCACACGCUGAUCUGGGGAUCCAGGCCUCUCCCAUCUGGUGGCUUUGCCAUCUCCUAGGGUCUCAGGGUUCUUUCCCAAGUCCUUCUGAAUCCAACUAGGGGCAAGGGAAGAGACAGAGUCGGCUGAGAACACACCCAUCCUACCCUGCCUUAGCCUGAAACUGCCAAAUGUCACUUCCUGUCACAUUCUGCUGGGGAAAACACAUCACAUGACUUCUGGAUAUGUGAAGGCUGGGAGAGUUGUGUCGCUCCUGGUCUGCCUCUUAGCCUGCCACUUUGCAGAAGAGCUAGGCCACCUACAACUUUGGGGAAGUUCUUGAGUAGGAAAGAGCAAGAGGCAGAGAGUAAGCGAGGGCCAAUGUGUGUGUGUGACUGCUGGAAAUUGCACUGUGGCCUUGCACAACAGAGGCCUUGGCAAGGACCUGCUGAAUUCACUAAUCAAAUACCAAAUAAUGCCCUGGGUUCCUCUAGGGCCAUUUGAUUGUCUGUAGCAACCGAAGGUCUAACAGUUCCUGUGGGUCAGGCUUGGCCUGGGCGCCUGAGGAAUAAGGAGCCACAUCUUCUUAGAUCUCAUAGUACAGAUUGAGAAGGGCUGGGAUGGGGGAAGAUGGGCACUUUGAGAGCACAGAGGAGACACUGAAGCCAGCAUGGGGUCUCAGGGCAGCUUCUCUGGGAGGUCACUGCUGUUUCUGUCAUUAAAUGAAAUAACGCUCAGAAAAUGCCUAGCGGGUACCUGACUAUACAUGUGAAUUGUAUUACUUGUGAUGACAGUGAUCUCUGUCAGCAGCAAAUCUGCAAGCUGCUCAGAAGAGGACAGGUUGCCACCAGGGCAGGCUCUCAGUUGGGAUUUUGGAAAUUGAUCAAGCCCUACCAAAAAUGAUUUAAGUGACUACUUUCUCAAUUCUCUCAAGGAUGGCACUAUAUAGCUAGCAUCGUUCUAGAGACCUAGGAAAGAGAUUCAUUACCAACAGUGGGUGUCCCAGGAGGCUGGGGCUUACUUCUUCUGGGGGGGAUUUAUUUUUGUAUGUAUUUAAUAAACACCAAUGUGAUAUUUGCUUCGUGCAGAUGUUUUUCUAAGGCUGCACUGAGGCAUUUGGUAGUCAUAAGCCACACAUAUCCAUUGAGCACUUGAAAUGUGUUGUACGUAUAAAAGACACACGAAAUUUUGAAGAUUUAACACGAUAAAAAAUGUAAAAUAUCUCAUUAGUAAUUUUUAUACUGAGUUACAUGUUAAAAUCACUAACUUUGCACUUGCUAGGUUAAACCAGGGUUUGACAGACUUUCUCUAAAAGGACUAGUUGUAUUUUCCACUUGUGGGCCAUCCAGUCUCAACUCCACAGCCAUUCAACUCUGCAGCUGGAGUGUAAAAGCAGCCAUAAAUAAUACAGAAACAAUGGGCGUGGCCGUGUGCCCAUAAAACUUUAUUUAAAAAAAUAGGCAGUGGGCUAGAUUCGACCUACAGGCUGUCAUUUGCUGAGCCCUGGGUUAAAUAAAAUCUAUUAUUAAAAUGAAAUUUACUUUUUUUUUUUUGCUUUUUUUAUGUAGCUAGUAGAAUAUUUCAAAUUACAUUUAGUUCA